AUGUCGGCAAUGCUUCCCGGCGGUGAUCCUGCGCAGUCCGCUGCUAAAACCCCUCCUCCACCUUCCGCCGCCCCAGAAAAGGCUUCUAUUACUGAGGAGAACGGUGCUCCAGAGGCUGAGAUCGUCCCGGAAGCUGUGCCUCUUCCAGACUCUAUUCCCACUACUCCUGCCCUCCCAGCUGGUCCAGAGACCCCUGUCGGUCCAGGAACUCCUAUCGAAACCCCUGUCGUCCAUGGCAAAGCUGAAGAAACCCCUGUCGUUCAUGGCGAAGCUGCUUUGGACACCAUUGCGCCUCGAGCUGACGACGAUGUCUUUGCUUCUACGACUCCACAAGGUUCUGCUCCAAACACUGCUGCUCCACAUCCAGUUGCCGAACGUGUUCUUCGCAACCUUCAAGCUCCAUUGAUCACCUACAAGGGCUUCAUCCCUCGUGCAGACCGUGCCAGUCACGUUCCAACUGCAAAGAAUGCUCAGGGCAUCUAUCCACCAGAUGCUGCUAUGUUCGUCGCCAAUCUCUCUGACCAUCGCACCGAGGAUCAAUUGGAAGUCUCAUGCCACGAGGCCUUUGAUGGCUUUGGCCCAAACUUCGUGACCAUCAAGGCCGACGGUCGUGGCCAUCCUUUCGGCGUUGUGCAGUUCGAGAGCAUCGAGGAUGCAAACAAUGCUUUCAGCUCUAUCUCUAACCUCAUCCUUGACGGUCGCAAGAUCAGAUUGGAACGUCUCAAGGCCGAACGUGCUGUCAUACUCAGCAGAAAGGACGGAACGCCUGCGACCGAGCAAGAAGCUCGUGGUCUGCUUGAACAAUACGGGCCAAUCGAGACUAUUGCUGCUGACAGCUCUGGACGCUUGUUCAUCAAGUUCGUCUACUAUUUGGACUGCCGUGACGCUUUGAAGGGUCAUCACAAUGCUACCAGCGCGUUCAUUCUUGUCAUGGCUCCGUCUGAACAACCACGUCUCAUUCCAGGUCGUGGUGGCUCUCCCAUGGUUCGCGGUUUCAAUCCUGCUCGCUCUGCUGUCGACCAGAAGUCGGUCUACGUCGGUGGCCUCGGCGAAGGUGCGACCAAGAAGGAAUUGGAGGAUCUAUUCAGCGAAUUUGGCAAGGUGAUUCAAAUCAACAUCAUCAGAAAGACCUUCAUGGAUAAUGGCGUCAACAUCUUCGCUUUCAUCGAGUUCAGCAGCCCACACGAGGCAGAUCGUGCUGCUCAAGCCGAACGCUAUCUGCAUGGCUACAAGCUUCGCAUCGAGGCAAAGGAGUACUCAGUCCGUCGUCGCUAUGCUGCUCAAAUUGGUGCUCCUCGCUCUGUUCGUGCUCCUGAACCCAGAUUCGUCGAGCUCGAUCGCGGCUUCUCUCUUGCUCCUCCACCAAUGCAGUACAACUACGAGUACGGCAUGCAUCAGAUGACCCCUCCCUCCCACCAUGGAUAUGGUGCUGGAGCCUACAACUACGGCCAAAUGGCCUACACCACACCACCAAACCAGGGCUACAUGCUCCCAAUGGGCAUGUUUUCGCCAACUCCGCCACAGACCGGUGCCCAGUAUGGGUACCCCGCUCAGUAUUACAUGGGCGCAAUCGACGAGGCUGAUGAGAAUGGAUAUUGA